AGUACCUGAACUAAUGUUCGCUGCAUUAGAAGGUGCAAUCAUCAUUGAGAAGCUUUGUUCUUUUAACAAAAGGUUAAGAGGGAGUUGUCUAUAUGUUACCACGACGUGAAACUACAAGUAGAUGAGCCGACAUCUGUUUGUAUACUGGUUCUGAGAGAUCAGAGGUUGACUGCUUAAGUACCACGGACAGAGGCUCUUUGAGGCAGCCUGCGAUCUGCUGAUAUGCAUCUGCAAACCUGUGCCAGGAGGUGCUGGUUGACAUACAAGAGCUUCUUAUUACAUAUGGCUCAGCACAGAAGAUACAGGAACGUUGUCGUAACUAUUAAAGGGCAUAAUGCAGAAUCCGUUAACUUUUUCUGCAGGUGGUGUUUUUUUGCAUGCUAAUCCUGCAGAGAAACAUUGUGUCCAACAAAGUAUGCUGGGUCAGCAAAACCAAGAAACUUGUGCUGGAAAGACAGUAUCCACAGAUAAACACAAAUCCCCUUCAGAUAUAAUACGAAGUUUUCAGAAGAAAAGUCAGCUUAGGACCAUUGCUCCAAAAGUGGUACCAAAAAUGUUAACAUCUGGAGUGGUUUCUUGUCUUCAGUCAUCUUUACCUGAGCAAAAUACGCCAAUUUCAGCUGCAGGUUCCAAACCGCUGGUGGUACCAACUCAAAACUAUGCUGUCAUGCAGGUGGCUGGUCAUGAGGGGACUUUUUCUCUGUUGGCCUUGCCAUAUGUUGCCCCUGCCCUAACGCAGCAAGUCCAGCAGUCAAGUGUGGCCCCUUCUGAAAACCUAAAGCUGCCUAUCCCUAGGUACCAAUCUGUAAGAAAUAAAUUCCUGAGUGACAAAAAACUGGCACAAAUCUCUGUUUCGGGUGCACAUAACAAGAUUCCUACCAAAGCAUUGAUCUCAUCACAGACUUCCCCCGUGACUACUUUAACUGAAGACUGUCCUGAAACUCAUUCUAGUUCAGAUUCAACUGAGCAAGUGAUGCUAACAGACCGUGACUCAGCUGAAAUGACGGUUGCUGCAUUAGUAAAUAAAAGCAAUUGUGUGGAAUCUGGAUGUCCUUUAGUGAACAAAACUGAAAUUGCUAACAGUAAUGUUUCUGGACCAUCUGUAGUUAAAGACUCUUUAUCCAAGCGGGCAAGUACAAUUAAUCCCAUGAAACUAAGUCUACGCUCUGUGAAGACAGCAUCUGAAACCACAAGAGAGUCAUUCAUAACGUCUGAGAAACUGAAGGAAAAACCCACGAAUUCUGCAAAUUCUGUUGCUGUCCUGUCACCAGCAGUUUUUGGCAGUACAGUACAGAUGACUCCAUUGGCACCAAAAGGAAAACUUCCUAUUUUGCCUUACUCAAGGAUGAAAAAUUCAGUGUUCUGUAAAUUUAAGCAGAAUACUAAUGUUACAGAUGUAUCUGGUCCUUCACUAAGAUCUGAGUGUGAAAAAAUACCAUCUUUGGCGAAAACCUUUCAUGUUCCUACUAAAGCAUCUGAUAAGCGAUUAGCUGUAUCAUUUAUACAAGUCCCCAAACAAACCGUUCGAGAAAGUACUUUCUCUCCAUCCAAUAAAGUGGAUGUCGACAGUCUUAAAAAAUUGAACAGUGCAGCCUCUAAAAGAAGAGGCAGGAAGAGAAGAGCCCCAGAUGAUUUAUUGGCUUUUCAGACCAAGCGAAGGAAAUGCAUCAUUAAUAAGUUUAGGGAAGGAAGAGAGAGGGCGAAAGUUGAUCUUCAGCCACCUGAAGACAAAAAAGCAGAGGCAGUGAAAAAAUACCGUAGUAUUAGGCCAAAGCCAGUGGUAGUUGUGCAGGCUUUUGCACCACUGACUGCUGCAGCAAUAGUAGAGACACCCUCUCCUGAGCAAUUAGACCAAGAUAUUGUUUUAAAUAGUUCACUUCCCAAUAAAUAUUUAAGUUACAAGCAGAGUGAUGCUACAUCAGUUAAAUCAAGUGAUUUAAGUAGAAGUGCAUCUUCAGCUGUACCUAAGCCAUCACAUAAAUGUCAUGUUUGUAACCAUAUCUUCCAGUUUAAACAUCAUCUUCAGGACCACAUGAACACACAUACAAACAAACGGCCUUACAGUUGUCGAAUUUGCCGGAAAGCAUAUAUUCAUUCUGGAAGCCUGAGCACGCAUAUGAAACUUCACCACAACGAAGGCAAACCCAAAAAGCUUGUGUGCUGUGAAUUCUGUGCUAAAGUUUUUGGCCAUGCAAAAGUGUAUUUUGGCCACCUCAGAGAAGUGCACAGGGUUGUUAUCAGCACAGAACCCUCUAGUAGCGAGCAACAGCUGCAAGAUGCUUUAAAGAAGAGAGACACAAAUAUAAAAGAGGCAGAAGAAGUAACAGAGAGGGGAAAUAAGUGCAAUUUUGAGGACCUAUUCCAUAACCCAGGAGAAGUCAAAUUACAGAUCAAAUGUGGUCGAUGCCAGUUUAUUGCACAGUCUUUUGGUGAAAUGAAGUUUCACUUAUUGUGCUCUCAUGGAGAAGAGAUCCAGGGAAGAGUAAAGGAAGGGGUUUUGCAAGGAAAUAGAGGAGCUAAGGGGGAACUGAUCAAACAUGCAACCCACUUCUGGAAACAGUGCAAUGAGAGAAGACAUUUAGCAAAAUGCAGUGCCCGUGAGGAGGAGUUUUAUACUUUUCCAAAACUGAAAAGACAGAUAUACUUUCACCAUCAAAAUAAUGUCGAUAUGUUAUCUAAAAAUGAACUGACUCAGUCAGGAAGCGGUGAAGCAGCCAAGGAGAUGCAAAAUGUAGGUUUUGGUACACAAAGCAAAAAAAUAGAAAUUUGGUCUAAAGCGGGCUAUAACUGCAUUUUGUGCAAACAGUUAUUUGGAAGAAAAGAGGAUCUUUGUAAUCAUUGGCAGAGUCGUCAUAACUGUGAAGACCCUUCCACUUUAUGGACAAUUUUUAGUUUGUUAUCAAAACAAGGAAUUAUUGAACUUUCUAGCAAUGGUGAAUAUUGAAGCUCAAUUCCACAAUGCUGUGAAAAACAUCAACUACCUUACUAAAUUGUUUAUGGUUUUCUGCUGUGUUACUAAACUAACUCAAGAGAUGUGUCUCUUCAGAGGUUUGUUUGGUGGGUUUGUUGGUUUUUUGUUUUGGUUUUUUUUAAGUUAUGCUAACCUUUAUUUUGUUGAAUAGAAAAUGUAUUUAUCCAGUAUCAUUCCUGAUGGGUACAUGCAAGCCGAUCACUGUACUUAAAAUUCACGCUUAAGGAACUUAGCAGCAGCAAAUACUCAAUACUAAUGGUUAACAUCAAGGAAAAAGAUUUUCAAGUUAAACUAUACUAUACACACAGAAAUAAAUCAGUUUAUAUGAAGUAAUCUCAAUCUUGAAUGAGAUGACAAACCAGACUGGAAGUGUAAUUUCAGUCCCAGCUGUGCUUCCAGAUUUUAUGGUAAAUAAAUAUUUCCAUGCACUUCUCUGGAUCAUUUGAAUGUGCAUACAUUCAGCCAGCAUUCAGGAGCUUUAUAAUCUAUAAUUUAAAAGCUUUUAAUUCUUGUUUUCUUGAUUCCAGUGUCUUCAACCAUGUUCAUUGCUUGCAGGUUUGUAUUGACAGGUCUUUUAGGUGUUAUAUUCUGUCCUGGGAACAGCAAGGAUCUUUGGAUUUUAAAAGUGAAAAAUCUAUGUGUAUGGGUCUUUUUGCCUGUAGCUCUUUGGGUUGAAGAAGAGUUAGUUGCCAUCCAUGAAGAUGAAACCCUCAAAGCUUGACUGCUUUAUGAAAAAAACCACGUUUGUUUUAAAAAUAGUAAUCUGAGUUGGUUACUCCUGGGAAGUUUGACAUUCUGCGAUAGUCUGCAUGUUUCACAGUGAACU